ACAAAGGUACAAACGGUUUGAGAUACGAGGAAAGCUUAAUAGAGCUGUACCUGUACUUGUUAAUUGGGAGAUUCAGGCUGCGUUAGAUAGUAUUAUCAGUUAUCGUGAAAAGGUUGGUGUUAACCCUAGCAAUCCUUAUGUUUUCGGAAUGCCAUCGACGGAUAAUCGUCAUCGUUAUUUACGAGCUUGCCAUCUGUUACGGCAAUAUUCGACUCUUUGUGGUGCAACAAAUCCUCAUUUACUUCGUGGUACCCAAUUACGCAAACAUAUUGCUACGCAGUGUUCUGUACGAGACUUGUCGGAAAAUGUUAUUAAAGAUGUUGCACAUUUUAUGGGUCAUGAUAAGAGUAUUCAUGACAAUAUUUACCGGCUCCCUGUUAACAAUAGGGAUAUAUUACAAAUGUCCAAGGUUUUGGAGAUGGUACAAAGAGAAUUCUAAUACGUUGCAACUUGGGCGCAGUUCUCCGAUACUGCAGGAGUCUGCAGAAAUUGAGUGGAAUGCCAGUACGCUUACUCGAGAAGAGAAUUCUAAUACGUUGCCGCUUGGGCACAGUUCUCCAAUAAUGGAGCCUGCCGCAAUGGAAUGGCAUGCCAGUGCAUCUUCGUCAAUGGACCUUCAACUUGACAGGGAUAGUUCGGAAUCAGAAAAUAGAAAAAAGGGACGUCAUAGUGCAGGCUUUAAACGAAUAUGUGGUAAAAAAGUUCCAUGGUCUAAUGAGGAAAAAUCAGCAGCAUUGACUAGUUUUUCAACAUAUUUGGCAGAGGACAGACUUCCUUCUUUAUCGCAUUUAUCUGAAGCAAUUCCCAAUAUCCCACAAUUGGCAAACCGAUCUCCAACAACCGUUAAAGUUUGGUUGGAAAAUGAACUUGUACGUAGGCGAUCCUCGUCUUCAUUCAAUAAAGAUAAUGUUAAUGGUGACGAAAUACAUGGGAAUAAUGAAGGUAUAGUAUUGUCAGUUACUUUUGAAGGGGGAAGCACAUGAAGGGAUUAUGUUUUCCUUAAAAAUUGCCAACAAUUCUUUCAUAAAAUCAAAUUAUUUCUGUUGCGUCCCCAAAGUAGA